AGAGUUAGAUUGAGAGGACGCUAGCCUUCACUCCAAAAUCUUUGCCUUCAACAUGAAGAUCUACGCAGUGCUUCUUUGCCUGCUGCUCAUAGCUGUCCCUGUCAGCCCAGAGAAGCUGACUGGGCCAGAUAAGGCUCCAGUCACCUGCUGCUUUCAUGUACUAAAGCUGAAGAUCCCCCUUCGGGUGCUGAAAAGCUACGAGAGAAUCAACAAUAUCCAGUGCCCCAUGGAAGCUGUGGUUUUCCAGACCAAGCAGGGUAUGUCUCUCUGUGUAGACCCCACACAGAAGUGGGUCAGUGAGUACAUGGAGAUCCUUGACCAGAAGUCUCAAAUUCUGCAGCCUUGAACCUUCACACCUGAGUUAAGAGACAGCCAAAGCUGGAAGUUCUCCCCUAAUCUUCUCCAGGCAGAGAGAUGUUACAAGCAGAUGGUGCCUGGGCUGCGUGUUUUCUCAUCCUUGUCUGUUAUAUGAACAACUGAAAUAAAAGCUUACACUGAUUUGCAAAUGUAA